AUGAAUAUUAGAUAUCCACAACAACCCCAACAAUUAAACUCGCCUCCUCCACAACAACAACAACAAAAUUAUCAGCCAUCUCCAUCUAACAGAGCACCACCACAACAAUCAAACUAUCUUGCAUCACAAUAUCCACAACAAGCACCAGGAUAUUACCCACAUCAACCACAUCAACCUCAACCAUAUCAAUAUCAAAAUAAUUAUUAUCACCCACCACAAGGGGGAUUUUCACAACAACCAUAUCCACCAUCUUCACCAACACAAUUACAACCACAAUCAACCCCAUUACAACAAUCCCCUUCUUCUCCAAACCAACAACAACAACAACAACAACAACAGCAACAACAACAACAACAACAACAACAAAAUGCAAAUAGAAAUAAAAUAAAACCAUCUGUUAACCCAAAUAUUACAAAUAUUCCACCAAGAACUCACUCUGCUCCUCUUCCAGGUUCAGAAGAUCAACACCCAAAAGGAUACACACCAGAGAAGAGAGCUCCACCAGUUGGAUAUGCACCAAAUUAUAGUUAUGGCAAACCAACUUUUGGACCAUCUCAUUAUUAUCCACCCCAACCACCAUAUGGUUACUACCCUCCUAUGCAUCCUGUAAAUAAUACCCCACAACCAAUCCAACAACAAACUAAAAAACCAUUGGAUAUUGUAGAUCCAACCACAAAUGAAAAAGUUAUAAUUUCAUCACCAACAAAAUCUACAAGUGGUACUGCACCGGUAAGCCCUUCAACCCCAACCAAUGGCACUACUACUGUUAGUAAUUCACCAUCAACUAGUACUACUACCUCUGCCACUACAGCAACAACAAACUCCCCAGCUAAUCCAGCUAAUUCAAGCAGUGUUUCAUCUUCACCAGCAUCAACUACCCCAAUUAAACUUUCAUCAUUUAGUAGCGGUAAUCUCAACAAAAGAAAGAAGAAUGCUGAGUUGGCAAAUAAAUCAUCAACUGAUCUAACUUCUACCAAAGCUGAACCAACAACAGAGGCUGAUCAAUCAAAUACAACUAGCGAUGCUACUACCAAAGCCGAAAACACCACUGCUGUUUUAACAUCAGAUGAUCAAUCUGAACCAAAGAAAUCAGAUGAUAAAGUUGAGGAGACACCAGCCACCAAAAUUGAAGAGCCAAAAGUUGAAGAACCUGUUGUUAAAGUUGAAGAACCAGUUGUUAAAGUUGAAGAGCCAGCCGCCAAAAUUGAAGAGCCAAAAGUUGAGGAGCCAAAAGUUGAAGAACCAGCUGCCAAAACUGAAGAACCAUCAAGUACUACAACAACCGAAGAAUCAACAGCUGCCGCUACUACAAAUAAUAGUACAGCAUCAUCUGCUAAUAGCAGUGAUAACAAAUCAAAUGAAAAGGUUGAAGAAGAGCUUGAAGAAUGGGAAAAGAAGGGUGAAGAAGAUUUUAGUAUUCCACCAACCGAAACACCAACAAGUUCCAAUUCAUCAUUAUCAUUCAUCAGAAAUAGUGGCGAAAAAAUUGUAUAUUCAAAAGAGGAAAUGAUGUUACUCAAACCAAAGAGUAUGGAAGAACCAAGUGGUCCAUUGAAAGAUUUAAAGAAUCAAAUUGAAACCAAUGCUAUGCCAGGUGGUCAAUUAAAUCGUUCAGGUAACAAGAUUAAUCCAGCAAAUGCCAAGAUGAAUCCAAUGAAUAUGAAUAAUCCAGUCUACCCACCUCAAAUGGGCAUGAACAUGAAUAUGGGCAAAUAUCCACCACAAAUGAACAAUAUGGGCAAAUAUCCUGGUGGAAAGAAUUAUAAUCCACAACUCAAAUAUGCACCAGGUUUCCAAUAUCAACAACAACUUCAAGGUAAUCAACAACAAAUGCAUCAAAUGCAAAAGUCCUAUGGUAAUGAUGUUGCUACCAGAGAACCAGUUCAACCACCAAUUUCUCAAAUUGUUAAUGAAAAGCGUUGGGUUCCAACUAAAGUUAACGCUUUAAAUGAAAGUGAAAAGGUUCUUAGAAAAGCCAAGUUCAUUUUAAACAAGAUCACACCAGAGAAAUUUGCAACUCUUUCCGAAGAACUUUUAACUCUUGGUGUCGUUGAAGAUGAAAAGGUUCAUAGGGGUACUAUUGAUAUCAUUUUCGAUAAAGCUCUCAACGAAAGUAAAUUCUGUGCCAUGUAUACCGAUUUAUGCAGAAAAAUUUUCGAAUAUGAAAAACAAAAGAAAGAUCAAAUUAGAAAAGUUGUCUUUGAAAAGUAUAACCCAAUUGAAAUGGAAAACUACAACCGUCUCAAUGCCAAAGAAAAAGAUGAAUUUGACACUAAACACAACAUUAAGGCCACCUUCAGAACUUUCCUUUUAUCUGCAUGUCAAAAAGAAUACGAAAAAAUUCAAUUUGAAAAUGUUGAUAAGGUACCAGAAGAUUUAAAACCAGAAGAUAAAACCGACUUUGAUGAACAACAAUUUAAAGAAAGAAAACGUAUUUUUGGUUUAAUUAAAUUUAUUGGUGAACUUUUCAAACAAUCAAUGUUAUCAGAGAAAAUUGUUCAUGCCAUUAUGAUCUCCUUAAUCGGUGAGCUCAACAAACCAUCUGAAAUUAAAUUAGAAUGUUUCUGUAAACUUUUAUCAAUCGUUGGUAAAACUCUUUCACAAAACGAACAAGCCAAUAACUAUUUAACUUCAUAUUUCCAAAGAAUGCAACAAUUGGUAGAAUCACCUCUCGCCACUCUUUCACAACGUAUUCGUUUCCUUAUUCAAAAUGUUAUCGAUCUCAAGAAUAAUAAUUGGAUUUCAAAGGUUGAUGACUCUGCCAAAACUCUCAAGGAAGUCGAAGCUACAGUCAAUAGCAAUAAGAAUGAAGUUGAUAACAAUGCCCGUAAAUCUAAUACUGGUGUCAAGAGUUCAGCUGCUAUGAAUAAAAUGUUUUCUGUUGCCUUUAAUAAUCCAUAUCCACAACCAAAAACUAAUCAACCAAUGGUAAUGAAUCAACCACAACAACCAUAUAACAAAGGUCCAGCAGGUAUUAAACAACCAACAGGUUUCCAACCAAAACCUUUUGGAUAUCAACAAGGUAAUUAUGGCGGUUUCAAUAUGGGUGGUAUGGGUCCAAUGGGUGGUAUGAAGAACCCAAUGAAUCCAAUGGGUCAUCAACCACAUCAACCACAUCAACAACAACCACAACAACCAUCACAACCAUCACAACAACCAUCUUCCCAAACUGGUGGUGCCAAUUCAGAAAUCUCAAAGAAAUGGGAAUCAACCAAGAAAUCUGUGCUUGAAUCUAUUAGUGAAUUUUUAGAACUUCAAGAUGAUGAAGAAUUUGUUGAAUGUAUCAAAAGCUAUGUACCAACUGCUGAUCUUUACCCACAUGUUAUCUCUCAAAUUAUUACAAAUGCUUGUGAUGGUAAAAACGAAGAUACACUCAGAGAUAUAACUGUCGAUUUGGUAUUAAACAAGAAAUUCUUUACUCAAGCUCAAUUCCAAGCAGGUAUCGAACAUUUUAUUUCCACUUUACCUGAUCUUUUUGAAGAUCGUCCAUCAGCCUAUAAACCCGUUGCUCGUCUCUUUUAUGCUUUCUAUGAAAAUGAAAUUAUUACCAUCCCACAAAUUACCCAACCUCUUUCCAAACAACUAGAUGCUUGUGGUAGCGCAAUCUCAAAGAUUGUUUUUGAAUUUGUACUUCAAUUUAAUGAUCCAAAGAGUGCUGCUUCUGUUUUUAUUGAAAAUGACAUUUCACUUCAAUCAUUACUUCCAGAAGGGUCAAAUAUUUCUGAAACUGCAACAAAUUAUAAUAAAGAUCUUCAAUCAUUUGUUGAACAAGUUUUAAAAAAUUAA